UGCCAUCCCUAUCAUCACUUGAAAGAUAUUUGUUUUUGAAAACGGAUUUUCCCGAGCCAGAAAAGUGCAAAUUACCAUUUGCACCUGCACCCAAGUAGCACCUGGCGUUGGCCCCACCGCGGAGACAAUCGAGACAAUGUCGAGCUUGCAGCGCACGAUGCUGAAGGGCAAAUUGCCACCCACAAUUCCUGGCGGGCGCAUCGGAAGAGCGGACUCCUUCAAGAAGUCGCGCAUCCGCGACUACAAGCCGGGCAUGUGGAACGAGUUCUUCGCGGAGAAGGAGGACGUCACGGUGGAUGAGCAGCGUACCUUUCGGGUCUACCGCACCAAGCAGCCGGAUAAGCCGGGACCAGUACUGCUUUUGCUCCAUGGCGGCGGCUAUUCGGCGCUCACCUGGGCGCAUUUUUGUUCGGAGGUAACGAGUAUGAUCCACUGCCAGUGCCUGUGCAUCGAUUUGAGGGGUCACGGCGAUAGCAAGGUGGAUGACGAGGACGAUCUUUCAGCGGAUACGUUGGCCAAAGACAUUGCCGACUUGCUCCUGAAGCUUUACCCCGAGGAUAUGCCACAGGUCUAUGUCGUUGGCCAUUCGAUGGGCGGCGCCAUUGCCGUGCACUUUGCCCACAUGGCUCUGGUGCCCAAUUUAAUUGGAAUAACCGUCAUCGAUGUGGUGGAGGGCACUGCCAUGGAGGCUUUGGCCAGCAUGCAGAGCUUCCUGCGCUCCCGUCCAAAGUAUUUCCAGAGCAUACCAAAUGCCAUCGAAUGGUGCAUCCGUAGCGGCCAAGUGCGCAAUGUAGACAGCGCCAAGGUGUCCAUGCCGGGUCAGAUAAUCAACUGUACAACGAACAAACUGGCAACGAAUGACCUGCCAUUGCCCGAUGAUGUCCUGGAGGAGGCUCACCACACCAGUAUGUUUCCCAAUCCGUUUAGCAUUUCCGAGGAUGAGGAAGUGUCGCCGCCAGGCGAUGAGACAAGCGAAGGCGAAAGUGCAGCAGCGGGCACUGAUUUCAAGAAGCCCGUCACGACCAAAGCGAAUACCGAUGCAGCCAAGAAUUACACCUGGCGUAUUGAUCUGUCCAAGUCAGAGAAGUACUGGGUCGGCUGGUUCUCCGGUCUGAGCGACAAGUUUCUGAACUUACGCCUACCCAAGCAGCUGCUCCUCGCCAGCAUCGAUGGCCUGGACCGUACGUUGACCGUUGGCCAAAUGCAGGGCCGUUUCCAGAUGCAGGUCUUGGCCCGUUGCGGCCACGCUGUCCACGAGGACCGUCCACACGAGGUGGCUGAGGUGAUUAGCGGCUACUUGAUACGAAAUCGGUUUGCGGAGGCCGCCGGCGAGUUUCGCUGCCACAUGCCGUCGUGCUAAGCGAGCCGUAGCUGCAGCCGCCCCUGAAUCCAAGGUUGAUGAGCACAAGCUGAGGUCACAACAAAAUGUCUAUUUUUGAAUGGAGCAUUACAUUUUGAACUAACACAGAUGCGUGCAUAUAUAUAUAUAUAUAUAUAUAUACAUGUAGUGAGUAGGUGCAGAUAUAUAUAUAUAGCCGUAUGUAUAUUCUAUAUACGCGUAUAAUCAAGUAAUUUAUUCGGUACUUUUAAUUAAAUCUAUGAAUUUCUAACGUUGUACUUUAUACUCAUUUUUGCCAAAAUCAAAACCAGCGAAACCAACGAGGAAAGCAGGAGCAAAGACCUUAUAAUAAUAAGAUGCAUAAACAUCGUAGGGCGUUACUCAUCUUGUUAAUACAAUGUCUUUGGCAGGCGGCUUCUUAGAUUGUUGUUACAAUGAGUGUGUAUUAAAUAUGUGCCAGAGAUCAAAAUGAAAUUUAACGAAAUCCAAAUUAUACCCAUACGAAUGCAAAUAAGUUGAAUAAAGCUAUUUAUUAAUCGAAUGUUAACUGAAA